AUGGUUGAAAAAAAUUUUUCUGAACUUGUUCGUUUAAUGUUCCAAGAUUAUCCUAAAACUACACCAAAAAAGCUUAAGAUAAUUGAUGCUUAUAUGGUUUAUAUUUUAUUAACAGGAAUUGUUCAAUUUAUUUAUUGUGUUUUUUUGACAUCAUAUCCUUUUAAUGCUUUUUUAGCAGGAUUUAUUUCAACAGUUGCUUCAUUUGUUCUUGCAGCAUCUCUCCGUUCUCAGGUUGAUCCUUCAAAUUGCGAAGAAUUUAAAAAUAUUUCCCCAGAAAGAGCUUUUGCAGAUUUUUGUCUUGCACAUGUAGUUCUUCAUCUUGUUGUAGCAAAUGUUUUAGGUUAA